ACAAUGUCAACAUGGCGGAUGUAGUACGUCCGAAUUUCAUUCAUACUACCAGAGACCGUCCUGAAAGGACUUUGAUACUACCCACAUUCAUACUAUAUAGAACGUACUUUUCUAACGGUGGAGUAGUACGUUCAAAUUCAAAUGUAAUACCCAGUACGCAGUAUGCGGUUUCGGACGCAGCCCAUGUGUCGCCUUAGGGAGGCUCCCAGUUUACGCGUUUACGUCACCGCGCUGCAGUGCUUUCACUUUCACUCGAGGAAGUUCGUCUGGUUUAAUGAAAAGCAACCUGUGACUUUACAAAAGUCUGCUUUUUUUCGAAAACCUGGUGGAAAUGAAGCUUGUCUUUAUUUCGCUUUUUGUAUUGUUCUGGUGUUUACUCGACCAUGGUGCAUGUGGUGUUGAUACAGACAGAGUGUCAGUGUCAGUGAUGGAGGGAGAACCAGUCACUCUACACACUGAUGUUACAACAAACCAACAAGAGAAGAUUAGAUGGUAUUUUAACGGUGUUCAAAUAGCUCAAAUCACUGGAGAUCUCCAUUUUAUCUGUACAGAUGUUCAGUGUAAUGAAGGUACUGAGAGAUUCAGAGACAGACUGAAGCUGGAUCAUCAUACUGGAUCUCUGACCAUCAUGAACACCAGAACUACAGACUCUGGAGAUUAUCAACUGAAGGUCAUCCACAGCAGCGGCAUUAGUGAAAAGAUCUUCAAUGUUACCAUCUAUAGUUUUUUCGCUGAUGGUGAAGAUGGAGUGUUAGUGUUUUUGACGGAGGGAGAUUCAGUCACUUUUCAAACUAGAGUUAUAGCAAACCAACAAGACAGAAUUAGAUGGUAUUUUAAUAGCAAUCGCAUCGCUGAAAUCAGUGGAGAUCUCAGUAAGAUCUGUACAGAUGUUCAGUGUAAAGAGAGAUUCAGAGACAGACUGAAGCUGGAUCAUCAGACUGGAUCUCUGACCAUCAUGAACAUCAGAACCACAGACUCUGGACUUUAUCACCUCAAGACUAGCAUAAACAGUGAGAGGGACAAGACCUUCAUUUUUGCCAUACGUGGUGUUUCUGCCGCUGAACAAAAUGAAACAAACUCAGUGAUGGAGGGAGAAUCUGUCACUUUACAUCCUGGUAAAAUAGAAAACCCAAAUGAUUGUAAGAUGUGGUAUUUUAAAGACAUUUUUAUCGUUCAGAUCAGUGGAGAUCAGAGUAAGAUCUGUACAGAUGAUGAGUGUAAAGAGAGAUUCAGAGACAGACUGAAGCUGGAUCAUCAGACUGGAUCUCUGACCAUCACGAACACCAGAACUACAGACUCUGGAGAUUAUACACUACAGAUCACCAGCAGCAGCAGUUUUAGUAUCACCAGAGUGAAAAGAUUAAGUGUUAAUGUCAUUGCUGUUCCAGAUCCAGGUCAGUCUUCAGCUGCUGUAGCAGGAAUAGUUAUUGUUGUUCUGCUGGUGGUUGCUCUUGUAGCUGCUGCUGGUGUGAUUUACUGUCGCCGCAGGAGACAAACAGCUGUAACACAGAAUGACGUAGAUGCUAAUAACUCGCAGCUCAAAGAAUCCAAAAGAUUGAGUGGCACUGAACAUCAAUGAAUCAGACUCAGGCCGAGGCUGCCAAUAAAACAAAGUAACAUAAUUUAUCAUUUUGAUACAUUCACUGAAAGGGACACUAAAGAGAAUUAAGAAAUUAAUUAAACAUAGCAACAUGUUAUGGAUCAGCAAGGACUAUUUAUUAGAGGUGUAUUAAAGUGAUCCAGACAGGAACAGAGAGACACUUCAGAUCAACAGCGGAAGAUUCAGCAUCAUUAGGAGCUUCAGUGUUACUGUCACCGCUUCAGGUCUGUCGUCAACUGCUGCAGGAGGAAUACAUGCUGCUAUUGCUGUUGGUGUUCUUCUGCUGGUGGCUGCAGUUAUUCUUGGGAUUUACCAUUGGCAUAGAUCAAGACAAAAUGG